AGAGGGGUGGCGUUUUCCCGCUGUUUGUACAGAAGGCAGUAUAUACACUUGGUUACGUUUCAGUGAACACCUACAGAAGACAUUUCGAAUAUCGGAUUUAUUUUCACAGCUGUAGCAUGGACAUAAUAUACCCCAGAUGAACAGAAUAUUCUCCCAUAUUGUCCCUGUACGUCCACGCUCCCCAUAAGGCCACAGUUUAUUGGUGAUCUUAGACAGACCUAUAUUUGAACCGCGACCGUCACAGUUUUACCAGACCUACCCUGAACUGUUACAAUGGACUAUCAUGGUUGGCGGAGGUACUUGGUGGCCGUAUGGGCGUUUGUGGAGACGUUCCUGUUUGCAGGACUGUUAUAUGGCUGGGCCUCAGUAAACUGGGUUCUCAAACAGGAAAAUGUAUAUGCUGACCUUUGUCCUCAAACUCCCUUCAAAACAAACGUGACAAUAAACGGUAGUGAUGAUGUUGUUUUUUAUGACCUCGAUGGCGACAACACGACCACGUAUAAUGGUACGGAUGUGGGACAGAGACCAACCGUGGGAUAUAGACCGCAGUGCAAACCACAAGACGAAAAAUUCGCUCUGUGCUUCACGAUCGGCUCGGCACUGUUCUGUGCAAGUUCAGCGCUAUUUGGACACAUCAACUAUAAAUUUGGAACUCGUAUUACUCGGAUAUGCUCGAUGAUCAUCUUCAUGGCGGGGACUGUCAUGUUCGCCUUCGUGGAUACAGACAGGCCCUGGUUGAUCUAUCCCGGUUUGUCCUUCAUUGGGAUGGGCGGACUUCCACUUUUGGUUACUAAUGCUCAGAUAGGCAAUUUGUUUCCCAAAGGAAGUUCGACGUGGAUAGGACUCCUUUGUGGCGGAUUUGACUGUUCAUCUGCGAUUCAGCUCCUGGUUAAAGUUGCCUACGAGGCUGGUAUAAGAAUACAAUACUCCUACGGCCUUCUGACAGGGCUACAUCUAAUGGUGGGCGUGAGCACGUUUUUUUUCCUCCCGAAGACAUUCAUCCCUCGUCCAUCAGAAACCGCCACUACUGAAGUCGCGCAAGACGAGAAAGUAGUCGACUUGCUGGAGAACGAGAAAAUGGAGCAGAGCAUCACCAACGAAAACGGACAGGUCUACGAAAAGACGACGUUUGAGGUGAGUGAUGAGAAGGCGUCUGACAUACCAUCCCUGAAGGCCUGUCUGACGUCGGCCACCUUUCUUCUUCAUGUCCUCUGGCUGUGUUUGCUGCAACUCCGCUUCUACUUCUUCUUGGCUUCUGUAAACACCUAUCUCCACAGGAUCACCAACAACGACACAUACAAAGUGAGCUAUUUUACGAAUGUGAUGAUGUACACUAUGCUGGGAGGUUUGUUUUCCUCCAUGUUUUCCGGAGUAGUGUAUGACUGGCAAAGAAGAAUGUUUCAAGAUAGUCGAAUCGCUCUUAAGCGGAAGUUGAUGCCAGCCAUUUUGCCAUUAAUGAUCACAUGUGGACUAGGCAUACUGCUGUCCGUACUUGUGCUCAUUCCCCACGAAGCGGUCCUCUAUUUCGUUUUUAUCGUCAUGACCUUGUACAGGUCAUUCAUCUACAGUGUUGGUGCCGCCUAUCUGAGUGCAAUGUUCCCUAACGAGUACUUCGGCUUACUGUACGGCAUAUGGAUCAUUGUUGCUGGUUUAGUUGGCUUUCUGCAGAUCGGGUUCUUCACCUGGGCACAGUCAUAUCUUGAAGGACCUUUUCAUGCGAAUCUGUUUUGCCUCUGUUUUGUGACCUUGUCGCUCAUCCAUCCCAUUUAUCAGUGGUGGUCAUGUCGGAGGGAAGCCUAUAAACUCUCCUAGUCACGCAUGCAAUAUGUCGAGCUGGAAGAUUGCUGUAGGAAAGAUGUGGAUACUUCGAUUUUAAAUCCGAAUUUUAUCUACUCUUGGAAGAGUGUAUGAGAGGGAAUCCAAACGUGUUAUUUGACAACCAACACGAGCAAAGAGUAAGGUGCUAGGAUGUUUUUUUUUAAUUUGUGAGAUACAUAGAAGAUGGUAAACUAGGUGCCGUAGAGGGUUUUUUGCGGUUGAGUGUUCAAGGACCACGCAUUACACGAGAACUGAAUGAGAAAGUGUGUUUCUAUCAAGAAAUUAUCUGUUUUAUUGAAGUGAUCUGAAUUGCUGUUUUGUGUUUUAAAAUUUUAUGAUUAUUCGAGAACAUGAUAAUAUCUCCACAAAAGACUUUAUGUCAAGUCAAUUUGAUUACUAUAGAUUGACAUUUUUGCGCACUCAUAUUUUGGCGCAUCAUUGCUAUUAAACAGAUUAGCGCAAGGUUGAUUGGCGCACUCUUAAUAUUUUCUGGAACAGGUGUAACUUAGUGCAACAUUUUCGACAGGAGAAUGUAAGUUUGUAGUUUAUAAUUCUAUAAACGCUAUUGAAUACGUUUUUUUUGUUGAUGCAUGUUGAUGUUAUGUAAUUUUAUUGUUAAUUUACAUUUUAAUCCAGGUGAAUGUCCUCAAGAUCAAAUGCAUUUUUAUAUUAACUUCGAUUUUAGUAUGAUUUACCAUGUAAAGUCCUGUUGAUAUCAAUCCAUGUGAUGAUUUCGCUUGAUCAGAAUAAAUUCAAUGUCGUUUGGUUUUAAUUUGCACCGAUUCAAACACAUUUCAUACAGAUCAAAUAUGUUAUAUUGCUAUUUGUUUUGUUAAAUGUUAUUUUAUUAUUGUAUAUUUUAAAUCCAUGUCAUUGUUCCUCAACAUCAUAUAACACUAGCAAUACUAGGGUUUAAUUUAAAAUUCACAAAACAAUGAUUCAAAUGGGUGUUAUUUUCUCAAAGACCAAAGGCAUUUUGCCAUCUGAUUUUUAUAAGAUCUUCCUCCUUUUCCAUUGUUUAACUUUGUUUUAUACUACUUUACUUGCAUACCUUAUACCAUUUGCAUUUAAUAUAGUUGUAAUGUCAGUUUUCUUGUUCAUGUCUGUUUGCCAUUUAUCUUUUAUUACCGUUUGCUGUCAAUUUUAUCCUUACCGUUAACGUCCUCAGGAUUGACAAUAUCAUUCCAACAUCAGUCAUACUAUUGACUUGUGCAGAAAGUAAAAAGAAAAUGUUUCACUCCUUUCGUAAAUCAAAUAGUCAUGAUGAAGUAGCAGAUUGUAUUAUUUUGAAGGUUUAAUUAUUUCUUGUCAUGCCUAACAUGACAAGUAGUUUUUGAGUUAACAACGUGUUCAGUGUAUUUUUAUAUUAUUUCUGUCAUUCAUAUUACAAUAUUAUCCUGUAUGAUGAGAAAUGUUUUCUCCCUGGUUUACUAUUACUGUUUGGGAGUUUCAUGGAGGGUGACCUUUUUGUACUAGUGGUUGUGAAGAUGAUGUUACGUGUCACAAAGCUGAUAGUGUAUUAUCGUCUGGUGUAUCAAGACGACAUAUCAUUCGUGGUUUGUGUUAAUGUCAGAUGAGCAAACAGAAAUAAACAUUAUUUUGUACUACACAGUAUGUUUAUAUUGUCUUAAUGGGAGAGCUUUUACAUUGUAUGCAUUCCGACAUACUUUGCUAGUAAAACAUGUACACUUUGUAUUUUUA